GCCCACUCAAGACGGGCAUCGGCUCCAUUUGCAGCGUAGCUAAAUAGUUACGCCGCACGUCAAGUCGGAGACAAUUUGAUCAUUCGCAGCCGGGGCGAGCUCGGCGGGACGAAGAACAGGAGGCGGUCGCGAUUUGGGACACUUUGAGCCGGCGUUGGACGCAGCCAGACCACGUUCACCUCCUCCGGUAUAUGCUGAUGCUCCUUUGGCCCGGAGCCGGCCAGCUGAGGUGAAGGCAAGGGCACAGUGUGGAUGAGCCGCCCUGGAAACGAGGACCAUGAUCUGAAGGCUCGCCGGUCCGCUGUUCUUUCUCCAUCGUCAUCAUUGAAUAAACGGCUCCCGUGUCCGGCAGGAAGUGUUUCAACGUAACGAGCGGGAAGUGGAAGAAGAUUCAGUCCCCGUUCACCGUGAACCCCCCCUCCCCCACGUCCGCCGCAACGACAUCAACAUGGGGAGGAAAAAGAUUCAGAUUCAGAGGAUCACCGACGAGCGCAACAGACAGGUGACCUUCACCAAACGAAAGUUCGGCCUGAUGAAGAAGGCGUACGAACUGAGCGUGCUGUGCGACUGCGAGAUCGCCCUCAUCAUCUUCAACCACUCAAACAAGCUCUUCCAGUACGCCAGCACCGACAUGGACAAGGUGCUGCUCAAGUACACCGAAUACAACGAGCCGCACGAGAGCCGAACCAACGCCGACAUCAUCGAGACAUUGCGAAAGAAAUCCUUUAACGGCUGCAACAGCCCCGAGCCUGAUGGCGACGACUCCAUCGACCAAAGCCCGCUAAACGACGACAAGUACCGCAACAAGACGGACGACCUGGACACCCUCUACAAGCGCUACGGCGCCACCGUCCCGCAGCCAACCUUCUCCAUGCCCGUCACCGUGCCAGUGUCCAAUCAGAGCGCCCCACCGCCGCAACCUGCCACCCUUCAGUUCAGCAACAACCCGGGCGGCACCCUGGUCACCACCACCUCCUUCAUCAACGCCGCCCUCUCGGACCCCCGCCUGCUGUCACCGCAGCAACCCGCCCUGCAAAGGAACACCGUCUCGCCGGGACUGCCGCAGCGACCCGCAAGCGCGGUCGCACUCCUCAGUGGAGAUCUGGGAAACUCCAACGGAGCGUGCCCAAGUCCAGUCCCUAACGGCUACUUAAGCGCCCGGGCCUCACCAGGCUUGCUGUCCGUCUCCAACGGCAACAACAGCAACCUGGUCAAAGUAGUCCCAGCCAAGUCUCCUCCUCCUGCCAGUCCUCAGAUGGUCAGCGCUCGCAAGUCGGACCUCCGGGUCAUCACCUCGCAAGGGGGCAAGAGCCUCAUGCAACUGACAGAAGAAGAGCUGGAGCUGGUCAGCGAGAAUGCUCAGCGGCUAGGCGGCUCCCAGGUGCCGCAGCCCCUCACCACCCCAGUUGUUUCCGUGGCGACGCCCAGCCUCCUGGCGCCCUUCUCCGCCAUGCAGACAGCCUACAACACUGAGUACCAGUUGACGAGCGCCGACCUGACGGCCCUGCAGACGUUCACGCCGACGGGCCUGGAUGUAAAUUCAGGUUGUGCCCCCCCCUUUCCCCUCCCCCCCACUUGUUUCCACAGCAUGUGGGGUUCAGACAAACAGAGUGCAGAGAUGGUUAACUGCAUCUCCAGCAUUGCUGCUAACCUCAGGCCAAUGGCUCCCCUCCCUCAGGGCACAGCGCUGACGGUCAACACCAACCCUCACGUCAACAUCAAAUCUGAGCCGGUGUCGCCCAACCGGGACCGCAGCACUCCCUGCCCCACCUUGGGCGGUGGCGUGCAAGUCCACGGGCAGGUGGUGCCGUCGUACCCCGCCAGCGGCCAAGGCCGUUCUCCCGUCGACAGCCUGAGCAGCAACGCCAGCUCGUACGACGGCAGCGACCGGGACGACGCCGCCGCCCCGGGCCGGGGCGGAGGAAGAGGGGGUGGGAGCGGCGGCGGGGGUCCGGACUUCCAGCUCCACCAGCAGGCCGGCGUCCAGCAACCCACCAUGGUCCUACUGCGGCCCGCCUCGACCGAGCCGCAGGAACAGGACAACGUGAAGAGGAUAAGGUUGGACACGUGGGUCACAUAAAGUGCCGGCCGCUGCCAUGCUUGGCCAGGCCGAGUCGGACGGAACCAGUUGAGGCCCGUGACCCCACCCAAACUCCCUUCACACACACACACACACACACACACACACACACACACACACAUACGAGCAUGCUUAACACUUGGGCACACACAUUCACAUACACUACUCAGAAAAGGUUAGGGGCUUUGAGGUGAAUUUUCGGGAUGAACCUGUCAUGCAUUAGAACCUUUUCAGUUGAACUUCAUUUGACCUCUAUCCUUUUGAAAUCUGGAAUGUUUCAGUGCUUUUUGUACAGUUUGCUUUUCUCAACAUGUUUGUUUGUGGUUUGUUUUUUUUUCAUUUAUUUCCAAUUAAUUCCACUUGGCCUUUCGGUGCCUCUUCCAGUCUCUCAGUUACAACCUGCUGAUGACACCGUGACACUAAACUUAGUGUCCACUGCCCUUUUCCCAUAUCGGUUAAGAUUAUGAAAAAUAUGACUCUAAAUUUUUUAGAUUGUGACUUUUUUUCCUCAUAUAUUAUUGUCCCUUUUUUUCUGGGGAGAAAAACAUUUACUUGUUUUAAAGCUUCAGUGACAUUCAGUGACAAACAUUCUUCAAAAGAUUACGAACAUUCUUAAAUAUUGUAUUUGUGUAAAAUUAAGGCUGUAUUUUUAUUUCAUUCUCACAUUGCUUUUAUUUUAUUCUUGUAAAAUAAUUGGGUUUUCCUGGUGGGAAAAAAAAGAAUUAUUUUUAUCUUGUAGAUUCUGGAUUUUUUUUUUUUUUUUAAUUUAGUUCAGAGUGUUAGCUGCUGGUUGCAAUACAGAUACAGAGACACUGGAAUAAUCACAGAUUUUUCCUUUUUCAGAAUUUGUCUGGUUUGUAAUUUGUUAUUAAAAAAAAAAAAAAAA